AUGUCUUUCAGACAUAGGAGCAUCAGCACUUGGCCAGGACCACCCAGCUCUCACGAAGCAUCCCCAACUUAUGGUCUCAAUACCCAUAAAACCAAAAGAACAGCAAUCUUGCAAGGUAAUAUAGAAGCAAUGUCCAGCAUAGUAAAAGACUCAGCCAGUGGGGGAAAAUAUCUUGCCUCGACCCUUCUUUGCCACAUUGGACAACCUUAUACACUGACCCAUCUUAUUUCAAUCCUAUUUCAAAUCACGCAGAUGUCUGGCAACAUCCCCCUCCCCGUUGUUACAGCGAUCCGAGCAGUCGCUUUUCUCAUGAAAGACCAUGUGGCAUGCGAAGUCGCAAAGUUAGUUGCUAAACAACUCAUGGACACCCUCACUCCCUGCCUUGUGGACCAUGUCAUUGCUGCAAUUGCCCCCCAGGUAGCACAAGUACACACCCUCACAGAUACCCUCACCACCACACUGGAAAGAGUAGAGGAAACACAUAAAAUGGUAGAACGGGAAAAAGAUGAGAAAGAGAACAAUGCACAGGUGGCGGCUGAACGCAUCGAAGAGGCUGCAGAUGCCCUCUAUUCUUCUGUAGAAGACUGCCAGAACAUUCUAAAACUGCUCACCCCCUCACUAGAAGCCACCCAGGAUCGCAUCAAUCAUCUCUCCACACAGAUUGCUACACCACCACCUACGUCUAACAUCACCCCUUCCCAACCAACCUACAGCUCAAUCACAGCAGCACACCUCCCUCCCACCGUAGAUCGAGCAGUAGGUCGAGCGGCCAUCCGCACUCGCCAAGUAUUACUGGACCCAAUGCACGGAGAGACCCUCUUUCCCCCCAACUCCACAAACUCUGAAAUCGCUAAGCAGCUGGAAGAAGCCCUCACCAAAGCCCUGAGAUGA